AUGAGUAGAUAUCGUGAUAUGGUCUUGGGGAUGGGUAGGUAUCGUGGUAUAGUCUUAGGGAUGGGUAGGUAUCGUGGUAUAGUCUUGAGGAUGGUAAUGACGAGGAGAGUAAACAUUGAAUCAGUUAUUAUUGAAAUGGAUGGCUUUGACUCUAAUGAAGGUGUGAUAAUAGUUGCUGUGACUGCACUGCUUAGACCUGGUCGUUUUGACCCACACAUUACUAUUUGUUUGCCCGAUAUAAAGAGGAUAUUUAAUACAUAUAUAAAGAAGAUAUCAAUAGCACCAGUGAAAGAAGAUAUCAAUUUUCAAAUCUGA